AUGGAGUCGGCACCGGGGACUUCUAGUCAAGCCGGGGACGGCGGGCCAGGCAUUUCAAAGGGUGCGGGAGCUAAGCGGGCCGCACACUGCGCCUCCGCGGCCGCAUUUUCGGGAAACCAAGCGCCACCUGGUUCCUCAGCAGCGUCAAGGAAGGGUCUCCGGUCAAAAACAAGGAUCUGCGGCCAUGGCCGAGGGUCGCGGAGCCGGAGGGGGGGCGCCCCGGGUCCCCAGAGCCCGCCCGAGGGCCCGGCGCUACAGGCGGAGACGCGGGGCGAGCCGGGGGCUGCCGGCCCUGAGGAGCAGGCCCGGGGGGCGGACGGAGGGCGCGCGGGCGAGCCGGCGCCGGGCGCAGGCGGGUGGCCCGGGGGCCGAGACGCGGGGCGCGAGCGGGGCGCAGGGCGAGAUCGCGACGGAGGAGGGCGCCCGGGAGGGAGAGGAGCGGGCGCGCGCGGCGCCGAGCAGGUGGAGGAGGCGAGCCCCGGGCGCGGCGCGCAGGGCGAGGCCCCGGGGGAGGCUCAGGGGGAGCCCGGGGGACCCCGCGGCCCCGAGGCGAAGGAAGCGGCGGAAAUCGGGCGGGAGGAGCCGGGAGGCACCGCGCCUGGGGCGUCGGGGACCCUCAUGGACGCCGAGGAGCCGGUGGGGGACAGCACGGUGGCCGAGGGGCCGGGUGAGCCCCGGGACGAGGGGGACGGCAGCCCCCAGACCCAGGCCGAGGCGAUUGAGGCCGCAGCGGCGGAGAGCGCGGGGGUGCAGCCCUGGCGAGUUUUCGGGGGAGCCUCGGGGGUGCAGCGGCGGGCGCCGGGGAGGAGACCAGGGACCGGGAGGGAGAGAAGUCGGAGGAAGCGGCCGCCGGGGGACGCGAGGGCAGAUGCUGGGCGAGGACGCAGGCCAGGCCAGGCCCCUGGGGCAGACGAGGAGGCAGAGGAGGAGAGGCGAGAGCCGGGUCCGGAGGGGCCAGGCGAGGAGGCCACAGCGGGGGGCGAGGAGGAGCCCCUAGACGGCAGCGCAGAUGCGGAGGAGGCCCAGCCGACUGAGGCCCGGGAAUCCGAGGCCGAGCUGAGCAACCACCUGGCGGAGGAGGGCAGCGCCGAGCGCGGCGGACGGGACCGCGCCGAGGUGAACGGCGGCCAGGAGGAUGGCGAGGCGUCCGAGGAGGGGGCCCCGGAACAAGAGCACGACAUCACCCUCUUCGUAAAGGUUACUCUAACCUUUCUACGCUGCACCCACAUUUCUCUUUACAAGUACCAGCUAGCUGGUUGUGAUGGCGAAAGUAUUGGAAAUUGCCCAUUUUCUCAGCGUCUCUUUAUGAUUCUCUGGCUAAAGGGCGUUAUAUUUAAUGUGACAACGGUGGACUUGAAAAGGAAACCCGCGGACCUGCAGAACCUGGCUCCCGGCACCAACCCGCCUUUCAUGACUUUUGACGGUGAAGUCAAGACGGACGUGAACAAGAUCGAGGAGUUCUUAGAGGAGAAAUUAGCGCCCCCCAGGUACCCUAAGCUGGGGACCCAGCACCCUGAAUCUAACUCUGCUGGAAAUGAUGUAUUUGCCAAGUUCUCAGCAUUUAUAAAAAACACCAAGAAGGAUGCAAAUGAGAUUUAUGAAAGGAACCUCUUAAAGGCCCUGAAGAAGCUGGAUAAUUAUCUAAAUAGCCCUCUGCCUGACGAAAUAGAUGCCUACAGCACCGAGGAAGUUACUGUUUCUGGAAGGAAGUUCCUGGAUGGGGAUGAACUCACGCUAGCCGACUGUAACCUCUUACCCAAGCUCCACAUUAUUAAGAUCGUGGCCAAGAGAUACAGAGAUUUUGAAUUUCCUUCUGAAAUGACUGGCAUCUGGAGAUACUUGAACAAUGCGUAUGCCAGGGAUGAAUUCACAAACACGUGUCCAGCCGACCAGGAGAUUGAACACGCAUAUUCAGAUGUUGCAAAAAGAAUGAAGUGAAGCCGGGGUGUUUUUUGUCUCAUUUCUCAGUUGUAUGAGCUAAACUAUGAAAAGAGUGUGUCCUUUGUGUUUCCCUUCCAAUAACCAUCCUUUGCAAAACAAUACCCAUAUUUUAAUAAUGCACAUGCCAUAGCGUGAU